GAGGUUUCAAAGGCACAGCCGGUUAUACUAACAUACUAAAUAGUGUGUUAGAAUUGACAUCGAGUCACUUAUUAGAGAACACUUUUUAUUAGGGUAGUAUGCAGUAGUGGGCUUUAGUGAGAGGCUUGUGAUUGACAAGGUUAAAACCCAACCAUAGGCCUUUGUUUCAAGUGGAUGACCAAUGAGCGCUUUCAGGGGCGGGACUUUUAAAUUCCCGGUUGUUAUGCCGCUGUUUUCAAUUGUUCUAACUGACACCACAGAAGAAGGUUUGUUAGCUUAAAAACGGCUUGUUUACAUACAUAAGUAUGAUCUUUGUUUCGAUUUUUAAUUGUAUUCGUUUUUUAUCUGUAAAUUAAAAAAGUGAUAAAUGUAGUAUUUAAAUCACGUUUCCUCAACUCUUGGACACACAUCAUCCACAGCGGGUAUGUAGCCUGUUAGCUUAGCUGGCUAACAAGUCAACACUAAAGUGUUGCAAAAAUUACCUCAAAUUUGUCAUGGAAGUUGGUACGGUCAUACAAGAGGAACUAAAAAUUCGUGGAGUUGAAUUUGCUGUUAAAGUGGAACUGCAAGAUCGCUUACUAACAGUCGAGAUUUCAGAUGUUCUGACAGCAGACCAGUGGAGUGGGGAAUUUGACCCAGCAUACAUUGAAGAUCUCACUCGCAAAACUGGAAACUUUAAGCAGUUCCCUAUAUUCUGUAGCAUGCUCGAGUCUGCAGUCAGUAAGACUAGUGAGUCAGUAACGCUCGAUCUGCUGACCUACACGGACCUGGAGCUUUUGCGGAACAGGAAGGCGGGUGUGGUGGGGAGACCUCGUGCUCAGCAGCAGUCCCCAGCUCUCAGUGCUAAACGCUACCUCAUCCUCAUCUACACUGUGGAGUUCGAUAGGAUCCACUACCCAUUGCCACUACCAUAUGUUGGAAAACCUGAUCCUGCAACCCUCCUGAGAGAGAUCAGGGCUCUAAGGGCUGGACUAAAUGCAAUGAGGAUGCGAGGAGACCAUGCAGUGUUAGACCAAGAGACUCGCCGUCUGCGUGCAGAGCUGGUUGUGGUUAGGGAGGAGAAGGAUGCGCUGGCCGAGGCUCUGGAGCGACUGCGGUCAGUUGGGACUGCCUCCACUUCAGGGAAUCGGGGGCUCAGAGAAGCCGUGCACAGUCUAGAGGAGCAGCUUUUAAAAGAGAGAGCAAAAAGCCAACGCUCAGCAAGCAAGAGGGGUCAAGAACAGCGUCAACUAAUGGAGCAGUUGGAGGAACUGAGGGCCUCAGAGCGAGCUCUACGAAUACGUGUGAAGAGUCUGACCACUGAGUUAGCGGUGUUACGCCGAGGCCGGAUUACACCGGUUCUGUCAGGCCGGAGCAUGUCCAGGGGUGAUACGGAUUUUCCACGGUCGGCCUCAAGGGAGCGCAGUUUACCCCGAGCAGGGCUGAGGGCACGCUCGGGGUCCAGAGAGAGAGUAGAGGAUCGGAGCAGGAGGUCAGAAGAGAGGGGGAGAAGGUCAGGUUCUUCAGGGACACGCAACCACUUCUCACGACCUUCCCCAUCUCCAACAGGGUCUCGAGGGCCACGAUUUGACCCAACUGCUUAUGUUCAAGACCGACAACGACGCCAAAAAGAGACAGAACUCAAGAACCAAAGGAAGGUCAGAAAGGACAUGUUGACAUCACCAGGUGUGAAUGAACGGGGUCGCUCACGGUCCAGAGAGCACGUCCCUCAGUUGGUCAGACGUGGAAGUGCUGGUCGGGGCAGGAGCACAUCUGUGGAGAGCAGGAGGAGUCUUCAUUCUUCUGAAAGCUCAAUGGCUGAGUUUGAGGAUCUUGCUAAGCCUCUGAAAAGCAGAGGAAGAAAACUGCCAUAUAAUGGUCCAGCUACGAUAAGAGGAAGACACUUGAACAAAAAGCCACUGUGUAGCACUCCAACACAAAGAGGCAGAGAGAGUUCUGUGGAUACAGGAGCAGACCUGUCUGAGAUCGACGCUCGGCUUCAAGCCCUGCAGGAGUACAUGAGAGAUCUUGACACAGGACGCUAGCGACUUGGUGGAUUUAUCCUCCAGUGUUUUAUUGCACAAGCUGGUGGUGACAUUCAUCAGGAUGGACAAUCAUUUCUUUUAACUCACUGUUCAAAUAGAGAUGCAAUUUUUAUUCCAAAUGUUUAUCGCUUGACUUGAAGGACUCGUAGGGUCCAUGUGACUGGUUGUACUUGUACUAUAAAAAUUAUAGUAUUUUUAUGUAGUGUCAUUCUGUUUUAACCAAUUUGUACACGUUUUAUGACAUUUUUAUACAAGCAUUUUAAUGUGUUGUUCUUUGCCUAUAUCUAUAAUCCUUUACUCAAAUAAUGUCCUAGUAAGGUGGCAACACAUGAUGGGAUUUGUGUUCGAUUAAUUGAGAUCCACUGAUUUACAUAGAAAACCUUUCCAUGUUGGCCUUCAAACAUUAGCACACAUUUGCAAAGCUGUCAGGAAGGUUUAAACAAUAUUCUCCCGAGAGUGAACAAUCAACUAAGGCAUUUUUUUUUUCAUAAUUUUAUUAAGCUGAUUCAUUUGACAGCAUGAAUUACUAAUAAGGGAGGCUUGGAGCCUGGUGUUUAGCAUUCCAGUAACCCUUGCUUCAGAAGAUAUUGUUUGGGUCAGUUAUACCAUUUUGUACAUUUGAAUUUCUUAAUCAAAAUUUUACGUAAAAAAAAAAAAAUCAUUCAGAGAAGCAGUAGUUUUGAAGCACAAAGUUAAAUUGGUAGCUAUACAGUUCCAAUAUUUGUUAACAUUAUUCUUAAGGCUCCAAUACAAACUGCAGAAGCAAAACUUCUUAGAGGAGUAAACUUGAUUGUUGAUUUGAUGAAACCAAAAACUAGGAGUUAUUUUUGGCAGAACUGUUUCUUUAAAGAGGUCAUGUUUACUUUUAUUUUUUUCUGAUCUGCAAAUUACUGGCUUUCUCUAAUAAACACUAUAUUUUAACCUGUAUGCUCCACUUAAAUGUUAGAGACAUACAGACAAUAUCAGGUAAUAUG